CCCAUCCCACAACCCUGGGAUCAUGACCUGUGCCAAAAAUCAAGAGUUGAAAGUGAAAGGGCGGGCCUACACUGGCCGACUCCAUCUUGUUCUGUGUCCUUCACCUAGACCACGCCUCCUCCCCUUGAGUAACCUCCCGCUCACCCGUUCAAACUUCCUGAUCAAAACACGCCCAGCGACCUGAGUAACAGGACUCUGACCCUUCCCCAGCCAAUCGGCCGAGGCCACGACCCUUCCCCAGCCAAUCGGCUGAGGCCACAGCCAUUACCUCACCAACUGCCUCUAGGCCCCAAUAAAACCUUUGUGCUUUUGAAACUCACUCUCUCUCCCUGGUAUCUCAUCGCUGCGUCGGUGCAGGUAGGGGAUUGAGCUCGAGCUAGCUCGAUUAAAGGCUCUUUUGCUUUUGCAUUGGACUCAGCUCCCUAGUGGUCUUUGGGGAUCACGAAUUCUGGGCAUAACAUUUGGGGGCUCGUCCGGGAUCCCCAAGACCCCCGACGGACCCCCGACCCGGAGAGCCUGACUGGCCACGGUUAGUGUCUGUCUGUUUGUUCUGUCUUUUCUGUGUGGGCUCAUUUAAUUCUGGUAGUGCCUGACGCGGUCUAAGUGGACGCACUGGAGGACCACGGGCCGGGAGUUUCGGAAGACGUUCCAAUUCUCCCUUCUGGAGGGACGUGGAAUCCCCUCAAAGGUCUAAGCUAGCUUUCAGUUUUGCUUCCAUGGAGUUGGAAGACUUUCUAGGGGCCCUCUGUCUGUUUUUGUGUUUCUCUGUUUUGUUCUGUGGACUUACUGGACGGACGUUAUGGGACAGACUCAGACUACCCCUCUACCCACUUUCUUGGCUUAAGCCCUUCCUAGCCCCGCUCCCUCCGGAACCAAAACCCAUUCUUGCUUUGCAGGGGACAAAGAAGAAGAAAAGUCUUAUUCAGCCUUCAGCACCCCUCUACCCUGUCUUACAGGGGGGUACUGAAGAAGAAUUAAUUUUUCCUCCCCCGUAUAACCCCUCUAGGAUGCCGGAAGAACACCAUCCUCCCCCUCCGGGGGAGGCAGACGCUGUUCCAAGAGCGGGAGGCGGAAACGCUCCAGUGGGAAGCCUGCCCUUUACCAGACAAAGGGCUCAGAGGGAGCAAUCCGCCUCCACUGCCUACUCCACUAUUCUGCCCCUGCGAGCCACCGGACCCCCAGACGCGGAGGGGAAUCAGCCCCAUCACUAUCGGCCUUUCGCCACUAGUGACCUCUACAAUUGGAAAGCUCAGAAUCCUAAGUUUUCCAAGAAACCGGCAGGGCUUAUUGAUUUAUUAGACUCUGUUCUUUUUACCCAUCAGCCCAUGUGGGACGAUUGCCAGCAGCUUUUGCAGGUCCUGUUCACGACUGAAGAAAGAGAAAGAAUCCUCAAUGGGGCCCGAAAACUAGUUCCGGGCGCAGAUGGGAAUCCCACCACCAACCAGGCUCAGAUAGAUGCCUCCUUCCCCUUAACUCGGCCCCAGUGGGAUUUCAACACGGCAGAAGGGCUCCAGAGGGCGCACGAGGACAUUUGGCCACGCCUCUGUGCCAUCUACGAGGCUGGCCUGACCGCGACACCUCAUCAGUACAGGCCGGGAGACUGGGUCUACGUCAAGAGACACCACUGAGAGACCUUUGAGCCGCGCUGGAAGGGACCCUACAUCAUGG